AUGGCGCUCCUUGCCAUGUCCGUGCUCGCGGUGCUGGGCGGUGCGCAGGCCUUUGUGGCGGGCCCGACGGUGCCUGGCAUUGCCCGCCCCGGCGCCCCGGCGCUGGGCAUGCGGCCGGCACCGCGGCAGGGCCUGGCGUGGCAGUCCUUGGGAUGCGCAGGCCUCGUGAUUGCAGGCUUCAUGCGCUCGCGGCGCAGAGAAACGGCCACGACCAUGUUCUUCCACCGGAAGUAUGGCGGCCCCAUCAAGAAGGACCCAGAUGCAGAGUUCGGGCCACAGUACCACGGCCCCAAGGGCACGGGCGGCAUCCAGCGCAGCUCGCGCUUGGGCUUCCCCAAGUGGGGGCAGCAACGCGUGAUCCCUAAGCUCAGCGGUGCUUCCUACGCGUACAGGAAGGCUAUGAUGCGGAAUCUCACCACUCAGAUCAUCCGCCUGGGCCGCAUCAAGACCACCCGAGCAAAGGCAGAGGCUCUGACCCACUUUGUGGACCGCAUGAUCCUGCUGGCGAAGCGCGGGGACGACCUCUCCAGGCGUGAGGCAGGCGAAUGGCUCUUCGACGAGAAGCUCGUGGACAACCUCUUCAAGUUGGCACCCGAACGCUACCCAGAUCAGGAGGGAGAUUUCUGCAAAGUGACGCGAACCAUGAACCGAAAGGGCGAUUGGUCGGAGAUGGCCUACAUCGAGCUCCUCUAA